UUCUACUUCCCUUGGCAACAAAUAAAAUGAGUGGCUCAGCCAGCAGGUGGCAGUGUUAUCCCGCAGUGUUGCUCUCUGACAGCCCGCAGAAAUGACAGUGCGGCUGGUCUUUGUACCCGGAAGGGAAGUUGCUACAGAAACAUUUGCGCAGGUUGGUGGGACUGUGAAAGAUAUUUAUUCAUGGUGCAGCCCCCACCAGUUGCUUUCUUUUAAUGAUUUGCACAGACAACCAAUGGCAAAAGAAGACAAGGAAGCGCAGGAAGAUGAACUGCUAGCACUCGCUAGUAUAUACUCUGAAGAUGAAUUCAAGAGAUCAGAGACUGCGCUAGGAGGGAAAAUAUGUGUCUGUCUAGAUCUUCCUCCAAACUUUAGCGUAGCCAUAAAAGGUGACUGUGUAUCUGAUGAAUACGCAAAAAGCUUUGAGUAUAUUGUCUCUUUCCUACCUCCUAUCAUACUGAACUUUGAACUGCCUCCAGGAUACCCAUCCACUGACCCUCCAGCCUUCACACUUAGCUGCAAGUGGCUUUCUCCAAGUCAGCUUGCCCUGCUGUGUCAGCGCUUGGACGACCUAUGGGAGAAAUAUGCAGGAGGAGUUGUUUUGUUUGCUUGGAUGCAGUUUCUGAAGGAGGGGACUCUGGAGUACCUAAAGAUUAACUCACCAUAUGAAAUACAAGUUUGUGAGUUUGGACCACAGUGCAUAAAGAAUAACUCGGGGAUAUCUGAUUCCUGUAGUGCCACAGGCCCAGCAGAAGCAGUGAUUUGGGACACACGUGCUAUCCAGGAUAUGAAAUCUGUCUCUGCCCUUAUUGAGUGCAUCUUGGACUUUAAUGAGGCUCAGCAGAAGAAGUGCUUUGAUAGCAAAUGGUAUAUGUGCAACAUUUGCUUCUUAGAAAAGGUGGGCAGCGAGUGCACUCACUUUAAGAAGUGUGAGCAUAUCUACUGCAACGCCUGCCUUAAGGAUUAUUAUACAGUUCAGAUACAGGAUGGGCAGGUCCAGGCUCUUAACUGUCCUGAGCCAAAGUGCUCUUCUGUUGCUACACCUGCACAGGUGAAGUUGCUGGUUGGGGAAGAAUUUUUCAGCCGCUAUGACCGUCUCCUGCUGCAGUCCAGCCUGGAUCUGAUGGCAGAUGUGGUCUACUGCCCACGUCCAAACUGCCGAACUCCAUUUAUUCUGGAACCUGGGGCCAAAAUGGGCAUUUGUUCUAGCUGCAAGUACGCUUUCUGUACCCUCUGCAAACUGGCCUACCAUGCAGUCGCAUAUUGUAAUAUAACACAAGAAAAGCUUCUGUUAGUGCGUGAGGAAUACCUGGAGGCAGAUGAGGCUGGUAAGAAGUUACUGGAGAAGCGCUAUGGCAAGAAUGUGAUAGUUAAAGCAGUGGAGAUGAAGUCUUUUGAAUGGGUGGAGAAGAAUUCCAAGCGUUGCCCAAACUGCAGAGUCAAUAUCGAGAAAUCGGGUGGCUGCUUUGUGAUGUUUUGUACAGCAUGUAAGGAGAACUUUUGUUGGAAUUGCUCGGUUGUACUGUCCAGAGGAGACCCGCACAGUCAUUCAUGUAACCCUUCAUUAUGCUGAUUUGAUCAAUUGUCAUGUGGCGCAGAAGUGGACAGGGAAACCAUGGAAUGAAGACUGAGGAGCAGUACUUAAAUUUCCAGAAAUGGCACUGUUAUUGGCACCUAUAUAUUGCAUGUAUUUUCCCUAAGAGAAAUUGUUUAUUUAUACAUUUAUUUAUAAAUUGUUUAUGAUUGGUACUUUUAAAGAUUUUGUUCUGAUUUUUAUUAACAUAGGAUAUAUAUCUGUUUGCAUUUGUGCAAAUAAGUGGGAUCCAUAAUAUUGGUUUCCUUAUCUGGGGUACAAUAGAACAGUCUCCAUGCAUAACUUUAGCAACAAGGCCUGUAUAAUGUACACAUAGUUGCAGAUUUUGCUUUAUUUACCUGUGAGGAGAAGAUUCUGAUUUUGCUGAGGCAAAGCAAACAGUAUGAGGAUCCUAGGUGUAAAUACGAAGUAUGCUGAAAAGGAAAUUUUAAAGUGAUACUUGCGGUAAAAAAAGUAUAUUGUAAGCAUACCGAUGGGAGAGGGGUUUGAUCAGGCUGUGGGGGGGGGGGGGGCCUGGGUUGGUGUGGGGGCCGUGGCAGGGACACCCCAGUUGAACCCUGUUGGAGUCAUUGCAUACUGUAUAUCAGUACCAUUCCACACUUUGUAUUAUUUGUUGCUCCUUCUUCCCUGGAUAGUCAAAUACAAUAUAGAUAAAUUUAAAAGUACCUUUUGUUUGUGGAAAGGAAAUGCAAGAUGAUCCUACAUAUUUAUAAUAUAAAUAUAUUAUAAAUAUGUAGUAUCAUCUUGCCCUUUAAAUAAGUGAAUUAAAUGGUUCUGCUUUA